ACCAACAAACCCGAAGACUGCACCAACAAAGCAGUUUCCUGCAUGGACUUCAGUAUCAAAGCAUAUUCUUCAAUUACUCACUCCAACCACGCGGAACAUUGUUCAGUUUUGGAAACUCUGGUGCACAGAAAUGCUCAGUAUUCACAGACAAGUUUGGAUAUGUACCUGGGGAAUCAUUAAACUACAACUACAAAAUAGAAACAACAACCAAAGUGAAUGGCUAUUCCAAGGAUGAUGUGAAAAUAUUUUUUGAGUCAAAGGUCACUAUAACAGCAUUGUCAAAAUGUGAAUUUGUGAUGUCUAUGUCAGAGAUAGCUCUAAACUAUAAAGAAAAUCUAUUAGAAGAAGUGAACAUUGAUGAAACACUUUUCCAGCAAGCUGUGCACUUCUCUUUCCACAAUGGAGAAAUCAAGACAUUAUGGGAACCAGAUCCAGACCCUAAAUCUCACUCUAAUCCCUUGGACAUGGAACAGGUGAUGAACAUCAAGAAAGGAGUGCUGUCCCUGUUUCAAAAUUCCUUGGACUCCUUUCAUCGGUCUAAGAGUUUAAUUGAGACAGAUGUCUUAGGCAAGUGCCUCACCCACUAUGAAGUGGAUCCCUUUAGCAACAGUUUGUCCUAUUUAGUUACUAAGAAGAAAGACCUGGACAGUUGUGAGGGACGUCAACAUUACAUAAACACUGUCCACUCAGUCAACUAUGGUGAUGAUACAGUAGAUACACAGCCUUCCUUAACGAAGAUCAGCUACAUGUGCAAGCAGUCCUUCAGCAAGAAAACAAAUACACUCACCUCUGUAACCUGCACUGAGAGACAUGUAUUUUGUCCUUUCUCUCAUGAUUUAAAUGGUGCCUACAGCAGUCAAGUACAAACAUUGCAGUAUAUGUUUACACGUAAAAUUGAUAUAGCAAGAUUUCCAGAUAGAAGUACCAGAGUGACAAAGCUUCUCUUCCAGUAUCACACUGGACAUCCGAACAUUGAUAACAAAGACAUAAGAAACAUCCUUGGCACAUUGCAGAUACUGUGUUUGAAAUACAGUGAAGAUGUCCGUCCAGAAUUUCCUGAAAUUCUUGAGGGACUGGUGUCUGCAAUGCGUCAAGUAGAUGUCUCAGGACUGAUGAAGAUUCAUGAAAUAAUUAGCAGUCAGAAAUUCUGUGCAGAGAAGACAAACCAUGUUAGGCAGUAUUUUCUUGAUGCUAUUCCAAUGGUGCAGACACUGGAAUCAGUAAAAUUUAUCGUCCAGAUGAUCUCCAGUCAACAGAUAGGAGAGACCGAUGCAAUGUUGUGGUUAACAGCCAUUUCAUUAAUUUUUCAACCCUCCAAAGAAAUGGUAGCUGCAUGUAUACCUCUACUCCGCAUGAAAGAUGUUCCACAGAACAUGGCCCUAGCAUUGUCUUCUUUGAUAUGGAAUUACUGUCGCACUAUAGGUGACGCUUGCCAGCAAGACCCCACAGUUGACACCUUUCUACAGCAACAGGAAGCUUUGAUUGUUGGCAAUGGUGAUGGCGCUGAUACUGCUUGCACUUAUCACCCUGGAGAGAAGACGACAGAUGUACUUAUGGCAUUGAGGGCGAUUGGAAACCUUGGGUACUUCCAAAAGAUUUUGGCUCAUGUUGCAAGAUGCUUCACAAGGAGGGAGAACCCAUCUGAAAUUCGAGUGGCAGCCCUAGAAGCAAUGCGUCGUACACGCUGUGGGACGACAAUUCCCGGUUUGAAUGAAGUAUUCUUUGAUGAUACUGAAGAUUCUGAGCUUCGCAUUCAAGCCUACAUCAUCUUGAUGAGGUGCCCAUCUCGCAAAUUUUUAUUGGCAGUGCACAAUAUACUACUGAAAGGGAAAUCAAACCAGGUUGGAUCCUAUAUUUGGUCUCAUCUGAACAACUUGGCUGAAACCGCUGAUCCUUACUUACAAGAAAUUCGUACAAUUCUUGAAGACGUCAUGCUGAAGAAGGAAUUUGACCUCGAUGGUAGAAAAUUCUCACACUACUAUGAGAAAUUUCUCUACUCUACAACCCUUGACGUUGGAGCCAAGUUGGACAGUAAUGUUAUCUUUUCUUCCAAGUCCUUUAUUCCUCGUUCAACCAAUCUGAACAUCACUGUACACCUCUUUGGUCGAGCUGUUAACUUCCUUGAGGUUGGGGGACGUGCACAAGCAGUGGACCAAAUAUUAGAGAAUUUCUUUGGUCCUAUGGGAUUUUUUAGUGAUCCCUUGACAUCAACCACCAAAACAAUCAAACUUUCUGAAGACCAGAAGAACAUGAAAAGUAAACCUAUUGACAGAGAAAAAUUCUUGGUAUCAUUCUACAUUCGUGUUUUUGGUAACGAAAUUCACUACUCAAAUGACUUCUCUUUUGACAAAGCUUCAAAAUUACUCGAAUAUCUCCUCACACCUGAACAUUUCAAGGUCACACGAAGCUUUUCUUUACUUGACACAGAAACAGUUUUGCCAACAUGCAGUGGUCUUCCUUUGCAUCUCAAAAUUACUUCAACUGGAAGCUUUGGAUUGCAUGGAUCAAAAUUCUUGCAGCUUCCUUCCUUUUCAGCAGCGUUAAAACCAAGUGUCUCCCUACGUAUGACGGGACAAAUGUCUGUCAAGGCCUUUAAAUUCAGAGCAGGGGUUCAAAUCACAGGCACAGCACACUCAAGUGUUGGGGCCAGAGUAGAGAUGAACAAUGAAGAAUUAACUGUUGACCUAACCAAGAAGAAGAUGGAAAUCUUCAGCUUCAGAUCUGACAUGUAUCUAAUUCAUGGGGCUAGAACAAAAUUGCUUACAGCUGAUAUGGAGAUUGAUGACAAUAAUAUUAAUUCUAAGAAGAAGAAUAAGAUCUGUAGCAGUGAGCAAGUAUUGGCUAUAACAGGUCUAAGGCUUUGCCAGGAGGUAAACAUACCCAGUGUAUUCCUGUUGAAGCGAGGUCCCUUUAUUCCUCUCACUGGUCCAUUGGUCUAUGACCUUCAUCUGAUCAAGGAAGAUAUGCCAGAAGGUGUCCUAAUUACAAUAAUACCAUUUGAUGACAGAAAUAUGUUGACUGUGGACACACCGGAAUCCAAGCAGCAGAGGACAGUCUUUAUUAUGGCCACCACCAAAGAAGAAUACCUGACAGUCGAUGUUGUGUCACCAUGGCGAGAUAUCAACAUGAAAGUUGUUCCAAUCAAAAACCAGAAAUCUCAGACAACUGGUGCCAGAAUUUUACUGAAGGAUGAUGAUAAGUUGUACACAGCUAGUGUUUGGACAAAGACUCAACAAUGGGUGAAUGGAUCUCUCUCGAUGACCCAACUUGAUGUUACAAGACCAGAUCACACAUGGAGUGUGAAGAGUGUCAUAACUCAAAUCCCUGGUAAAAAUGUACAGAUUAAUGUAUCAUCAGAAGGAUUUAAAACUAGAAACAUGGUUCUCACAUUAUCCAAAAGCAUUGUCAUUGAUGCAACCUCAAUAAUGGGUACUCUAAAAAUUGGCCCAGACAUAUACACACUGCAAGGUGGACUUGACCAGCCAUGGAAGAAAAUAGGGUUCAAGUACGUUUCAUAUCUCAAGGUCACAGAUCCUCAUAAAACUGUCCUUGAUUUCUCUGCAGGAAUUAGCAAUGAACCUGGCAAAAGAUUUCUCGUUGAUGUGAAGCUUGACAAAGUUUAUUCCAAAUUAGUUUCCUUUUAUGGACUAAUAACCUUCAAUGCAGUCUCUAAACAAAGCAAAAACCUCUUGAGAAUUUCUGUGAGAUCUCCUCUUGGAAUUCUUCGACUUAAUGGCGACAACCAAAUCCAAAACCUGGAAACACACAACCAAAUGAUAUUCUAUUACAAUUUUGGCCCAGAGUAUAUUGACCGCCUGAAAAUUGUUACUGACACCAAGAAGAAAGCUUUGACAAAUUCUUCAUUUUAUUCUUGGAGAAUGCAGUUUUCCAGUAAGAAAAAUGCUGCACUUGCACUCACUACUCAAGGGCAACUCAUUAUCAGUUUGAGUGAUGGUUGGCAGAUUGAAGUUAAGACAAAGUAUGGUGUUCCGAAGGACAAUCAUUUCAUCAACUUUCAAUCUUUGUACAAUUGUACGGCAACAAAUUCUACAAGAACCAUGAGAUAUAGUGUCUCACUUCAUACUGCUAGUAAGCAGCUUGAAUUUACAGCUGAUACCAGCUAUAUCUCUGGUUCAUUCAGUUUUUCAAGAAAAUUCCGAAAUAGUUUAACUGUUACAACUGCACAAGGAAAUGUACUAAAUACCUCUCUGAGUUUUGUUGACAAAGAAACAAAGUACUUUCGAUCUUUAGCUUUUGCAGUUCUGUUUUCCACUCAUAAUCAGGAAAUUUUAUUCUUAGAAGAACUCACUCAACAGAAGACAGUGCCAACAAAGCUGACAAACCAUUUACAAGUUCAAUGGCAGAAGGGUCAAAGACUGACCAUUUACACAACCUUUCAGAACUACAGCAGCAUUGUUUACCAAAUGAAUAAUGAAAUUCAUACUUUUAGUGGACGAACAGCAAACUUUAGCUCAACAUUCUUGAACACAAAGGAUCACUACAAGGCCUCACUGCAGCUAAAUGCAGAUAGUGGGCUGUUUUUGAAGAAGAAAAUCAGUUACUUUGGUGAGUCUUCUUUGAGAUACAAAAUCAACCCUGAAGGCUCUUCAUGGGAACUGGUUGUGAACCAGACUGAGAGCACAAACCAGAAUUUGUUAUUUGUUGCUGUUUUCAGCAAGCAAUUAUUUCAGUUAAUUUUUCGUAACUCAAAUGAUCCCUAUAACAAGACAAACUUUGAUAUUACUGGAAAGCACUUUUGGUUGAAUGGUAAGUACCAUUCUAUGUGGUCAUUCACUUCAACUUUUCGGAGGAUGGAGCAAAAUCUAACCUUUGACCCUGAUGGCAUUGAACUGAGGUAUGCAGCCAGUUCAAGUUUGGUAUUAUACAAAAAUGAUUUAUCCAGUUUCGUUUUAAACUUUACAUCACCAAAAACACAGAACAAUAGUGUCAACAAACUAACAGCAGAACUCCGUGGAGUUCACACAGCAGAUGUUUUGGUGGAAUUCACCAAAACUGACAAUGGAUACGAUUCCAAAGGAAGACUUAACUUUAAUGUGCUGGACUCAACAGGACAUGCCCGUGUUGAUCUUUCUUACAGUGACUCCAAUCGGCUCACUUCCAGUGGAAUAUUUUAUUGGCAUCCCCCAAUACACAAAACAAACAUCAUGAAUCAUGCUCUCUUGGCAACACUCAUGAGAAAUAGUUCAUUCAAAAUAGUUUAUAAUAAAAAAGGCGGGAUUCAUACAGGUUCAAGUUAUAUGGAAAUAUCUGGUGUCAAACCCAUCAUAAUUAAAACAAGCUUAUAUAUAACAGAUGCAAAGGAUAUUGCAAAUAUAUCUCUAAGAGCAGAGAAUGGAAAUAAUCCAUAUUUGAGUGAAGUUGCUUUAAAUUUUUAUUAUAAGAUCAAUGACAGGUCUUUAACAUCAAUGGGGUUCUUAAAAAUUCUACCAUACUUUAACACCUCGUAUCUUGAAAUCAGUUUGGUGAAGGGUCGUGUAAGUGAAGCUGUCAUCAAAAUGAAAACUCCAUAUGAGUCUUUGAGAAGUCUCCAACUCAUGGUUUCUUUUGAAACUGAUUUCAGAGUUUCUAAGAUGAUUAGGAGCAACCUGAAACACAAUGAAAAUGAAUUAAUAGGCCUCACCCUGAAUCAGUAUUUUCUGAGUAACAAUGACUUUGGGCUUACAUUAUUCACACAGGUUUAUAACAGAAGACACGAACCAAUUUCAUUGAAUUUGAAAUACACAUUCAAGUAUGAUGACCUGUUGCUUAAUUUCGCAUUUAACAUGGCUCCAAGAAUUUCAUUCAGUUGUUCCUUGAAGAAAUGGAGCACAAAACAAUUUCAGUAUUUCUUAAAAGUCGGACUAGAUGAUGAAGUAUACAAAGCAGGUAUUUCAAUUUCAGACAAAUUCAUAAAUUCUAAAACUGUAGAUAUUUCAUUAACAACCUCUAAUAUCAAGGUUGUUAUCUUCUGGCUUUUUAAUAAUGAUAACAAAGAAGUGUCUCGUGUCACCUACCAAAUUGCUUAUGAUGGCAUUUUCUUCGUUCUCUCCGGGUCAUACCUAAACCAGUUAGAUGAAGAAAAAGUAAACAUCCACAUGAAAAUCCAUCAUUUGAUAUAUAGGUUAUUCAUAAUCAAUUCAAGAGAACCAGGUAAAUCAAAGAAAUUGGAUUUUAAGAUUCAAAAUCAUUCACCAAUAAAUUCAGAAAUGAAGAUUUGUAACUUUGGAGAAUGGUCCAGUAUCCACAUAGUUCUUAAUUUCAAUAUUGAUUUGAAAGAUCAACAAAAUAUAAGUGCUAUGUUCAGCAUCAACUCUACUUGCACUCAACAUUUCAUUGUCCUUUAUGAGUUCUCAGAGCUGAAUGAAUAUGAAAAUAGGAAAUCUGUUUAUAUCACAUGUCCAGACCAUGGUCUGUCAGGAAUUGUUGUUGUUGACUCAUCAUAUAUACCAGUUCUUAAGUAUGACAUUCAUCUCAGUCUUGAUACACGUCCACACAAAAAAGGCAUGGAACCACUAAGAGAACAUUACCACAGAUCUGAUAAUCUUGUAGACAAUAUAAAGGAACAGUCCAGUGAAACUAAUAUCUUGUUUGUCACUGCUGAGUGGAUUAGCAAUCAGAAGAUCAGUGUAAAAGCUGAUUUGACAAAGCAAAAGCAAAGUGUCUAUUUCCAUCAGAAUUCCACAGCCACUACCUUGUUUCUUUACUUUGAUGACAUUAACAUCAACACUACCAACAACAAAGCAAAGAGAUCAAGUUUGAUAUCUGGUCAAAAGAGCAGUGAUCGAUUUGCUGUCAGCCUCAAAAAUGCUUACCUGAAACUAAUUCAAAUUCACCUUCCAUACAAAUCAUCCUUAUUCGUUUGGAUCAAGAUACCUCAAGCAUCUCCAAGAGCAAUGACCUUACCUCAAGAUAUCUCUAGUCAUGAUUUAAACAAACUCACCAAGAUGCUUAUUGGAGAGAUGCAUUUAGAUUUUGGUGCUGUUCUUAAGAUCAUGUUAAAAUUCACAACUCCCAGUCGCACCAUUCAAGCUAGUGGAACAUUUGAGAAUAAACAGAGAGACCCACAAAGUUUUGAUGUAAUUGUUAUAUACAAUGCAGGUGCAAGCAAGAGCAAGAAAUUCCUCCUGAAACUGAAUGGAGAAAAUGGUUCCAAAAUGAAAAGGCUUGGAAUAUCAGUCCUUUUUCCUCAAUCCAAAAAUGAAGUGAAGUUAAAAGUGAAGCUGAGUGGGAGAGAACGCAAAAUCUUAAUGAGUGGCAAGGCAGUUUUUACAUUAAGCAGGGAAAAUGAUGGUCCAAUGACACUUGUCUUUCAUUCUAAACUAUUUGAAACCAACGGCAAAUACAAGCUGACUGUGCUUUCUGAGAACUUAUACACUGACAUGUUUGUCAGACUAGAGUCUUUUAUUACCCUGGCCCCUGGUAUCUAUGACUUGGAGCUGUAUUCCUCCCAUGUAACCCAACAGAAAGAGAUCACAAGGUCGAAGAAUCUAAAGAUGUAUUGGUCAGAAAAGAAGUUUCACUUUCAGAUUUUAAGUCCAAAGAAGGAAAUUAGUCUUACUGCUUCUGUUGACACUGAGGGGACAUACCAAAUUGUGGUGCGACGAUUGAAGAAGGAACUCCUGCAAGAAAACUUUUUGAUGGAAGGAACCUUUGACACAGCCACUUGUAGCUUCAAUAUGAAACUGAUGCAUGACCCAGAUAAUGUCACCAAUAUCUAUAACAUGAUGAUCAACUUUACCAAAUCUGGUGUCCUUUUUAUGGACAAUAUUAACACUGGACCAUUCAGUUCCAGCAGCUCCAACAAGGCUCUGUUUGAACUGCGACCCGGAGAUAUCCUUUAUGGGGAGAUGAUCUGGAAACCAAAUUUCAUCAGAGAUAUAAGUAAUUAUUUUUCUCAAGCUCUUAAAACUUGUCAUAAAGAAUUUCAGUCAACAGGACAACAAAAUAUUCAAAAUAUUGCAAUGUCCUUCUGGGACAUUGUGAAACCGAUUAACCAAGCAAUUCUUACUGAAGUGAAACCACUCGUCCCAUACAUUAAAACUGAAUUUGAAAAUGCCCACCAUGAAUAUUCCAUCUAUUCCAAGAUACUUGUGGAUCACUAUAACAACAAUUACCUGUAUGUGAAGUCUUUUCAUAAAGCCAUGUGGAAAAUAUAUGACUAUUUGAAGGGUAGUCAGCUCCUUCAGUAUCAAUCUCAGGUGUGGUUUGAGAUGGUGAAAAUAUGGGAAAUUUGCCAACAGAUAUUCCAAUAUUUAUAUGACCAAUAUAAGAUAACAUCUACAUACAUGAGUAAGACCCUUACACACCACCUCCAUAGAAGUCAUACCCAUUAUAUUGAAUUGGUCAUGGCAGCAGUGAAUUACUUGAAACAGAAUUUCUUUAUAAAUGACAUCACACAUUAUAUCAAACAUGAAUUUGGUCCAAAACUCACCAACUUUUUUAUGGAUGCUUUUGAGUUUGUCUUUGAGAAUGGAAUCCAAAUCAUGCAAUAUGUAACUGAUCGACUAGUCUCAGUCCUGGCACAAGCUAGAGACUAUUUCCAACCGUACAUACAGUUACCUAUCAUCAAUGCAUUGUUAGAUAUCAUCAAAGAGAUCUAUUAUGAGAUGAUAGCAGCAUGCAGUGAUAUAAGCCUCAAAGAAAGCAUACACAAAUCAGUGAGCACAAAACUGUCAUCCAUGAGAGACACCCUAACCAAUUUCAGUAUAACCCCAAACAUCAUAAUACAAAAGUGGGGUCACAUUGUAUUUGAAGUAAAUUAUUAUGUGUUUACAAUACCAAGCAAUAUAGUACAAUUUGGCAGAGAUUUCAGCAGCCAGGUUAGAGAAAGGGCCACAGGCAUUUACAAAAGAGCCAGAUAUUUACUGGGAUCUGAACUCACAUUCUGGGAUUUAUACUAUGAGAUGAAACCUUCCACUGAUGUAGCAAAUUGGUUUCCACCAUUCAAAGCUCAUGCAAUUCUGUUUGGAAGUCAACAUGUCAUAACAUUUGACCGGCUCCAUUAUGAAAUCAAGGCCAGAUGCAGUGUUGUGUUGUCCAGAGAUGUGGUCAACGGUACGUUCGCAGUCAUAGCCAAUUACCAAUUUGACUCACCUGACCGCCAGCCGUUCUCAGUGACUGUAGUCACUGAGUAUGAUGAACACGUGGAAAUUCUACAAAAUCAAAAGGUCAAAGUUGGUGGCACUGAGGUGAACCUUCCAAUGACACUGACCAGGGGCAUUGUGUUCCGAACCCAGGAAGCUGUGACUUUGGAAAGCUCCAGAGGGUACCAAGUGACAUUAAAUUUUGAGGCUAAUCUUCUGGAAGUUGAAAUCAGUGGCUGGUAUUUCAAUAAGGUUGCUGGGCUCUUUGGCACAUACAAUAAUGAGCCACAUGAUGACUUCAACCUUGUGAGUCAGGAAGAAAUGGAAAUGGAACUUAAAUCAGGACCAGGAGCUGAUUUGGAUUCUUCUGGAAAUCUGGAAAUGUUUGCCAAGUCAUGGACAGUCUCAGAAAACUGUAAGUCUUUACUGCCAUUGCAAAUUAACCAAAAUAUGAUCAUGACUCCAGAUAACAAAUAUGACAUGAACAUCAAUGAUGGUGAUGGUGAUGAUGAUGUUGACGAUAACUGGAACAGUGAUGGAUGUGCUCGUCUGUUUUUGCAGAAAUCCUCCCAGUUUCGAAACUGCUUCAAACAGGUAACACCUGGAUAUUUUUACAAGAUGUGCUCCUCAGAUGUGCCUAUAGAUGCAUUAACAACACCAUCAGCAGCUGCAAAGCCAAGCAAGGACAACUUGUGUGCAGUGUCAUCACUAUACAUCAGGGAAUGUCAAAGACAAGGAGUUCCACUGACCAUGCCCAUGGAAUGUUUGUUCUGUCUCACCAUCAAUGAAACUAAAGUCCAGCAAGGGGAGGUUAUGAGUCUCAAUCCAGUGUCUACACCUUAUCUUGCAGACAUUAUUAUUGUUCUCCAGGAAACAAAAUGUAACUCUGAAACGGGGUCAAAGCUUCCACAGAUAAUUGAGAACCUUAACUUCUUAUUGUCAUUGAUAAAUUUCAGUAACACCAAGUUUGGUUUGGUUGGUUUUGGUGGUAACUACACCACCCCUGUCUACCUGCAUACCUUCGAUGGCCAGACAAUGAGUGACAGCCUCAUGGUUAGUGAUGUGCUAUAUGACAUCAACUAUGAAAACAACCGACAGCAGCAACCACUGGACAUUAUGCAAGCUCUGACCAGAGCUUUGCACUAUCCAUUUCGUACAGGUGCAAUGAAGGCCGUUAUAUUGGUGACAUGCAGCAGUUGUCAAGAUAAUAAUGUGGUCAGCUUUGAACUCAGAGAAGCACUGCGUGAGCAGGAUGUUAUCCUUCAUGUUUUGGCUGAACAAAACUUCAAAUCAGUUGGGAACAUCAACCCUGAGAAGGCACAUAUAUAUGGGGCAAAUCAUCGCAAUAUCUACCCAAUAGACUCCAAUAAUUUUGCAAAUAUUUCUGGUCACCAAAUUGUCCCUGAUGAUAGUUGUGCACAAGAAGCUAUUCAUUCAAAAGGAUCAUAUUUCAACACCAAGAAACUGAAUAAGGUGACUACUAGCCGAUCUUUCAUGCAGACCUUCUGUGCGUACAUAGCUUUAUCUCUGAAGCACAACUUUUGUCAAAAUUGUCAGUGUGUACCGAGACAGGAAGGUUACAGAGGCCACUUUCUGUGCCACAGAUGUCCCCAAUUGCCACCUAACAUUGUGGAAGAGAUAAACAUCACUUAGACAGUAAAUGAGGUUGUUGUGAGUGUCAUUACUACACAUACGAUUAUCCUGAAUGCAAUAUCAUUUCUUUUUCAUGAUUCAAUAACUUACCAUAUUUGCUGGGUGAUUUCCAAUUAAAAAGAUGUGGAAUUUGUUUGAAAACCAAAAAAUAAAACAAAGACAAAUAUCAA